AUUCUUUUUUUUUUUCUUGCUUUGAUAUCCAAACAUGCCCCCAAACUAUAAACAUGUACAGGCAGACGCGAUAGAACUUUUAGCACCGGGAGAUCAUCUUGAAGGACAGAAAAGGAGACCUGGACAUACUCGAUCGGGAUCAACUUCAUCGUUUAUACACUUUCGAGGACCUCAACAAAUAGUCGAAGAAGACCACAACACAAACAAAAGCGGCAAUAAACUAGCUUCUCAAGCACUACCAUCACUUGUCAUUUGUGUCAUUGGUUUAAUAUUCGCAGGAUGGAUGAUGGAUAUUUAUCAACAUUGGCAAGUCUUUACGCAAGUGUCAGAGCUAUUUAUUCUUGUACCCGUCUUGUUGAACUUAAAAGGAAAUCUCGAAAUGAAUUUGGCAGCACGAUUUUCAACUUCGGCCAAUAUGGGUGAUCUCGACCACCCUGCCACACGAAACUCUUUAGUAUGGGGCAAUUUAGCACUGAUCCAAGUACAAGCAUUGAUUUCAGGGUCAAUUGCAGGUAUCUUUUCAGUAAUUCUCGGCGCAUUCUUGCAUCCCGAUGAGACGAUCGCCGUGGGUGAAAGCAUUCUGGUGAUUGCGAGCUCAAUGGUAUCUGCAUCAGUCUCCAGCUUUGUCCUUGGAUUGUUUAUGUGUGUUUUAAUUAUUGUCAGUCGCAUCUUGAAGAUUGAUCCAGAUAACAUUGCUUGCCCUAUGGCUUCGUCAUUAGGUGAUGUGGUAACACUCGGAAUCUUGGCUGGAUGCGCCAAUCUCUUGCUGAUAAAUAUGGAGUCUAAUCUGAGUACCUUUUUACUGUUGAGCAUGUUUGUCUCCAUUCCAUUUUUUGGGUUUAGUGUCUGGAAGAAUACGCAUGUUAGAGACUUAUUAUUUUCUGGUUGGUCACCUAUUAUCAUUGCCAUGUUGAUUUCGAGUGGCGCUGGCCUUGUGCUUGAACGAUAUGUUGAAAAGUUUAAAGGACUGGCCAUGUUGACACCUAUUCUAUGUGGCCUUGCUGGUAAUUUGGGUUCCAUUUAUGCUUCUCGUAUCAGCACAUGUCUUCACCGAGGAGUUCAGGAACAAUUCAAGAUAGUAGAAUAUACCUUGUUGUUAAUGAAUGUACCAGUUCAGAUCCUGUUCUUGAUGAUUGCUUGGGUAUUGGAUAUUGGCCAUUUAGAUUUUACAUUUGCAUUUGCCAUUACAUACUUUAUUGUCUCUAUGAUUUGUACAUAUUCUGCCCUUAAAAUGGGAAAAUCCAUGACUUUGACAUUUUGGAAGUAUAAAUAUGACCCAGACAAUUAUGUUCUACCUUACUUAACUGCUAUUAUUGAUGUUAUCUGUACAAGUCUGUUGGUAAUUUCCUUUUCCUGGUUAACAGCGAACGGAUUUGCCUCGCUAGAAGCUAAAGAAGAGGACAUUUUAAACUAGAUGUACUAUAGAUACUUACAUAUUUAAUUCUUAAUAUACUCUUAGAACUUUCGAGAUUGAAAUGACAGUUUAGACUGUACCUGUGUGA